CAUGUGACGAGGGGCAAGGACCUGUACGCGGAAGUGCGUUCCCUUGUUGGAUGGGGGCAGAGGGGAUGGCGGCUGUAACGGUGGGCCCUGGGGUACCUCCCGCAGCCGCUGGGCCAGGAAUGGGGCCGGGACCGGCGGAUGGGGCCGACGCUCUCUUCGUGGCCUUGAGCGCCGGCUUCACAACCUUGAGCCACCCUCUGCUCUAUGUGAAGCUGCUGGUGCAGGUUGGGCAUGAACCUCUUCCUCCAACUGUCGGGAGAAACUUGUUGGGAAGAAAAGUACUUUACCUACCUGGCUUUUUUACAUAUGCCAGACACAUUGUGGAAGUGGAUGGGAAAAGGGGCCUUUUCCGUGGCCUUGCUCCUCGAAUUCUCUCUAGCACUUUAUCCACCGUAAGCAGAGGGAGAGUAAAGAAGGCCUUUCCUUUGGAGGAUAUAGAACAUGUUUCUAACAAGGAUGAUGUGAAAACGUCCCUCCUGAAAGUGGCAAAAGAGACCUCCCAUGAGAUGAUGAUGCAGUGCGUAUCCCGGGUUAUCUCUCAUCCGCUGCAUGUAAUUUCAAUGCGCUGUAUGGUCCAGUUCGUAGGACGGGAAGUGAAGUACAGGGGCGUGCUCAGCUCCAUUGGGACAAUUUGGAAGGAAGAAGGGCUGCUGGGAUUCUUUGUCGGUUUAGUUCCUCAUAUCCUAGGAGAUGUCAUCUUUCUAUGGUGUUGCAACCUUCUGGCUCACUUGAUCAACACCUACGCAGUGGAUGACAACUUCAGCCAAGCCUCUGUGAUACGAAGUUACACCAAGUUUGUGAUGGGGAUUGCUGUGAGCAUGCUGACGUAUCCCUUUCUUCUUGUGGGAGAUCUCAUGGCGGUGAACAAUUGUGGGUUACUUGCUGGCGUCCCUCCACGCACCCCUGUGUUUUCCUCUUGGAUUCAGUGCUGGAGACACCUCAGUGCUCAGGGGCAGCUCUUCAGAGGCUCCAGCCUACUUUUUCGUAGAGCAUCUGCACCAGCAUAUCUUAUUGAUUAAUCUCAUCUGGGAGAAAGAGGUCAACCUAGACUCUUGUAGAAGAAACCUUCAAUGCUUGCUUUGACAUUUCCUUUUUAAUUUUGAAGUCAAAGGUGAAAGAGCAAGAGCAUCUUCUCCCCAGCAAAUUGGACUGGCUUCCUAACUGCACCAUGUUGACUGAAGUUGCCAGCUGAUCUUGCCAGUCAGGGUGGGGCAGGAGCACUUUUCAGUGCCAGCCAAGCCUAAAGUCCAAAGGGACAGCCUUACUGGAGAACGGUUAUAGCUUCUGAAGGCUUGGCAUGCACAUGGCUCUCUGGAGUCAGGGACACAAUGAGAAGUUUGUUUACAUCAUUCUUUGCACUGCCUAAACCAGCCGAGACUUCAGUUGGUUGCAGUCUCUCCUUGGUGCCAUCGUUAGACAAGUAAAAUAGAAUAGCCAUUAUUGCAUUAGUCUGUGGACCAGCAAAACAUUAGACAAAUUGGAGAAGCUAAACUUAGCUCUGUCAGCUUUGGCCUCUGCCUCAUUGGCUAGCCUACAUGUUAAAAUCCCAACUGGUUUUAGAAUAUUUUUCAUACUUAGGAUUCAGGAGAGCCACAGAAAACGUACCGUAAGUGGCAGUAUUAUUCGUUUCCUAACAAUGACAUGCAGAGAGCUGAAUCUUGGUUUGACAUAGCAUCUCUCAGGUCUUCCGCCACCCAGAUUUUUCAUGGGGUUCUUCUCUUAAGUUGGCACAUAAGAGUAAUCAAUUUUAUCUGGGUUUUGAACAACCUGAGCACGGGAAGGGGGUGUUGAACACUAAGAGGGAAGAUACAUUUCCUAAGGGAACAUAACUACAAGCACCUUAAGACUGAGCUGAGUGUUGCUCACUAAUGAGAUGUUUAAGCCAGAAUUGGUAUAGCUAGUGCUCUUUUUCUAGAAAAAGAGGUCCUAGAACUCAGCAUGAAUGCCUCCUUUGUUCUCUCAGAAUGGCAACAGCACCCGCCUAAUUGGUGCUGGAACUGAGUUCCAGCAAGUUCCAGCUGAAAAA